AAAUCCGAAUUAGCCCCGUCCACGGCGGAGCAGGCAAAAAGAGGACAUCGGCCCUCGAAACCCCCACCCGCACGGCGGCGACGAACGGACCGCCCGGACGGCGAUGAAGACGGUGAGCCUCGGCGCCCCGCGGUCCUCCACUGUGAAGUUCCGCAUGCCGACGAGGGACAACCUGGUGCCGAUACGCGUCGACAUCGAGGUGGACGGCCAGCGCUACAGGGAUGCCUUCACCUGGAACCCCCGAGAUCCCGACUCGGAGGUCAUCACCUUCGCCAAGAGGACGGCCAAGGAGCUCAAGCUUCCGGCCACCUUCGUCCCUCAGAUGCUCCAGUCCAUCCAGGGGCAAUUGGCAGAGUUCCGUUCCUACGAGGGGCAGGAGAUGCAGGUCAAGGAGAAGAUUAUGCCCCUCAAGAUUGACCUCCGAGUGAACAAUACGACAAUUAGAGAUCAGUUCUUGUGGGAUAUAGGCAACCUUGAAAGUGAUCCUGAGGAAUUUGCAAGGACGUUAUGUGAUGAUUUGAACAUUACAGAUCCUGAAGUUGGGCCUGCAAUAGCUGUUUGCAUCCGUGAGCAACUUUAUGAGAUUGCUAGCCAGACUGUUUCUGCUAUGAGAGAAGCUAAAAUGUCAAAGAAAAGGCGAGCACCAGAAUUUGCCUCUAAUAGUAAAGCCAUGAACAACGCAGUGGAUAUGUUCAAGUAUUUUGGGAGCAAAGGAAGUGUCAUUCGGAAAAAGAAGGAGUGGUACCUGUACGAGCCUGUUGUAGAUGUCGUGCCUAAAGAGGAAGCUGCGGUUGUGGAUGCAAAGGAGCAGCUGAAAUAAACUCUAGAAAAACCAAUUCCCUUCAGUCUGUGUUCCCCAAGCGUCGGGCGCAGGCGUUGGUGCGAACCCUGAAGCGAGGACCAAGAUUGCCGAGCAGCAGCUGCCAACCUUCCCUUCCUUCCUGCCUGUCAACGAGUUGUAUGUAGGAUCCCCUUCGUUGUACACAGCUUGAGCAGCGUGAGUGCUGAGGUAGAAUGGGCUUGCUCGGUAAAUACUUGCCCUGCUUUCCUCCACCCCGUCACCGAGGAUCAUAUCAUGUGCUGCUGAUGUUGACUGGAAACGAGACCGCACCGUGCCUGUUGGGAACAUUCUGUUGUGCUAAUAGUUUCAGCUGUCAAUGUCAAUCAAGAAACAAUAUAGUUCCAUCUUUCA